UUGGCCAGAAGCCAAGUCCAGUAACUGAAGUCAGAAGUAGGGAACUUGGAGUAAGUUCAGUUACCAGGACGCUGUGUGGCAGAUUUUCAGGGUCUGGGAGACGAGCAGGCGAUGCCCGUUUCUCCAGGUGAAGAAGCUGGGCUCUCUUAGAUGAAACGUCCUGGUGCUGGAAGCCCAGGCGAAGCUGUCGGUCUUGGGAGGGGAUAAACUGCCUGUAAAUGAGAAGAGAGAAGUGCACCAGAGUGCCAUGGAGGGCAGCAACUUUGUUGCUCUGACUUUUACAAGCCUUCAAGGGUAAGAUUUAACACUCUCCUUCCGCCUGCUCGUUUCCUCUGACAGUUUUGGGGGGGGGGCAGAAACUUGCAGGUUUUUGUUUUGGUUUUUGGUUUUUUAAUUAUUUUUUUUAAUUAUUAUUAUUUGUUUUUUUAAAUCCUCAAGCCCCAGAGCUUUCCAAAGCUUAAUCAAAGUGCUCCGGGUCGAGCUUUUUCAGGGUAGACUUCUGGGUGGAGUAAGCUGAGCUGUGCGGGGUUCCCAGCAGCAGCAGCCGGCCGGGGAAGCUGCUAUUAUUGUUGGCGUUGUUUGGGAGGGAGCAGCCUGCCUUUCCGCGGGGGAAACUCUCCCUCCUCAGCUGCUGUGAGGUAAUUUGAGAGUGGCAACUAACUUACCCCAAAGGAGCCGAAUGCAACUUUUUGACUUGCCACCCUGGUGUCAGUUUAAGGGGUGUUUUAAUGAAGACAGAUGGAAGAUACUGGAUCGUGGCUUUACUACGUGGCAGAAGUUCCAUGGAGUUGGACUAAAAUAAAGUUUUGGGAUGUCUCUAUUUGGAUUAAAAUUUGGAAAGAAGAAAUUGAAAGAGGAAGAGAGACAACUUCAAGCAAACAACCGGGACUUCAAUCUACAGUUUGAAUAUGCUAACAAUACAAUUAAAACAUCAAAAUACAACUUCUUCACUUUCCUGCCUCUCAACCUGUUUGAACAGUUUCAGCGAAUAGCCAAUGCUUACUUUCUCUUCUUGCUGAUACUGCAGCUGAUUCCUCAGAUCUCCUCACUGGCCUGGUUUACAACGGUGGUGCCCCUUGUGCUGGUGCUGGCUGUGUCAGGAGUCAAGGAUGCCACUGAUGAUUUUAAUCGACACAAAAGCGACAAACAAGUCAACAACCGCCCAGUCCAGGUCCUGAUCAAUGGCAUGUUGAAAGAUGAAAAAUGGAUGAAUGUCCAAGUGGGGGAUAUAAUAAAACUAGAAAACAACAACUUUGUGACGGCCGAUCUGCUGCUGCUGUCGAGCAGUGAGCCACACAGCCUGACAUACAUCGAGACUGCUGAGCUGGACGGUGAAACAAACUUGAAGGUGAAACAGGCACUGACAGUCACUGCAGAGCUUGGAGAAGAUCUUCAGAAACUGACAGAGUUCAAUGGUGAAGUUAAGUGUGAAGCACCAAAUAACAAGCUGGAUAAAUUCACAGGAACUCUUACUCUUCGAGGAGAGAAGUAUGCCCUGGACAACGAGAAAAUGUUGCUGAGGGGCUGUACAAUUAGGAACACAGAAUGGUGCUUUGGUCUCGUUAUUUAUGCAGGGCCAGACACCAAACUAAUGCAGAACAGUGGAAAAACAACUUUUAAACGCACCAGCAUUGAUCGGCUCAUGAAUGUCCUUGUGUUGGUGAUCUUCGCAUUUUUAGGACUGAUGUGCCUUAUCCUAGCCAUUGGCAAUGGCAUCUGGGAGCAUGAUAAGGGCUAUUACUUCCAAGUCUAUCUGCCCUGGGCAGAAGGCGUCAACUCUGCCUCCUACUCUGGCUUCCUAAUGUUCUGGUCGUACGUGAUCAUUCUAAACACAGUGGUGCCAAUUUCACUCUAUGUCAGUGUAGAGAUUAUACGCUUGGGUAACAGUUUCUACAUUGACUGGGACCGUAAAAUGUAUUAUCAGCUGAAUGACACACCAGCCCAGGCUCGUACCACCACACUCAAUGAAGAACUGGGGCAGAUCAAGUACAUCUUCUCAGACAAAACAGGAACUCUCACUCAGAACAUCAUGUGUUUCAACAAAUGCUCCAUCAAUGGCAAAUCCUACGGUGAUGUGUAUGAUAUGUCUGGGCAAAGGGUAGAAAUAAAUGAGAACACAGAGAAGGUUGAUUUCUCAUACAACCAGUUAGCCGACCCAAAGUUUGCCUUCUAUGACCACAGUCUGGUGGAAGCUGUGAAGCUGAGUGAUGUUCCCACGCACAGGUUCUUCCGGCUGCUCUCACUUUGUCACACAGUGAUGUCAGAAGAGAAGAAGGAAGGUAACUUGGUCUAUCAGGCCCAGUCUCCUGAUGAGGGAGCUCUUGUAACUGCUGCCAGAAACUUUGGAUUUGUGUUCCGAGCUCGCACACCCGAGACUAUAACGGUUGUGGAAAUGGGAGAAACAAAAAUCUACAAACUUCUGGCUAUUCUUGAUUUCAACAAUGUUCGCAAGCGAAUGUCUGUUAUUGUGCGGAGUCCAGAAGGUGACUUGACUUUGUACUGCAAGGGGGCUGACACCAUCCUUUAUGAACUGCUUCAUUCAUCCUGCGAGUCUCUCAAAGAGGAGACUACAGAACACCUGAAUGAAUUUGCUGGUGAAGGUCUGAGGACACUUGUGGUGGCCUAUAAAAACUUAGAUGAAGACUACUUUCAGGACUGGAUCAGGCGUCACCAUGAAGCAAGCACUGCCUUGGAAGGACGAGAAGAGAAAUUGUCAGAGUUAUAUGAAGAGAUUGAAAAAGAUCUAAUGCUUCUAGGUGCUACAGCGAUUGAGGACAAGUUACAAGAUGGAGUCCCACAGACAAUUGAGACUCUUGCCAAAGCCAACAUUAAGAUAUGGGUUCUUACUGGAGACAAACAAGAGACAGCAAUGAAUAUUGGUUACUCCUGCAACUUGUUGUAUGAUGACAUGGAAGACAUUUUCAUUAUUGAAGGCAGCACAUCUGAUGAUGUACUUCAUGAGCUCAGGAAUGCAAGGAAAAAGAUGAAGCCAGACUCCUUUCUGGACAGUGAUGAAAUCAACAUUCAGUUUGAAAAAUCAUCAAAAAUCCCAAAAGUUUUACCUGAUGAGCAAGCAAACGGGGUGUAUGGUCUGGUUAUCACUGGCCACAGCCUGGCUUAUGCGCUGGAAGGGAAUCUGGAGCUGGAGCUGGUGAGAACUGCCUGCAUGUGCAAAGUGGUGAUCUGCUGCCGAGUGACCCCGCUGCAGAAGGCCCAGGUGGUGGAGCUGGUGAAGAAGUACAAGAAGGCUGUGACCCUGGCAAUUGGAGACGGUGCCAAUGAUGUCAGCAUGAUCAAAACUGCCCACAUCGGGGUUGGCAUCAGCGGCCAGGAGGGGAUGCAGGCCGUGCUGUCCAGUGACUUCUCCUUCGCCCAGUUCCGCUACCUGCAGCGCCUCCUCUUGGUCCAUGGCCGGUGGUCCUACAUCCGCAUGUGCAAAUUCCUCAAAUACUUUUUCUAUAAGAACUUUGCCUUCACACUAGUGCAUUUCUGGUAUGGCUUCUUCUCUGGCUUCUCAGCACAGACUGUCUAUGACGAGUGGUUUAUUACACUUUACAAUUUGGUAUAUACCUCCCUCCCGGUGCUAGGAAUGAGCCUCUUCGAUCAGGAUGUGGAUGAUCGUUGGAGCAUGCUGUUUCCCCAGCUAUAUGUGCCUGGCCAGCAAAAUCUCUACUUUAACAAAGGGGUGUUCAUCAAGUGCAUGUUGCAAGGGAUCUACAGCUCCCUCAUUCUCUUCUUCAUCCCCUUUGGGGCCAUGUACAAUACUAUGAGAAGUGACGGAAAGGCCAUUGCUGACUACCAGUCCUUUGCACUGAUGGCUCAGACGUGCUUACUGAUUGUGGUGUCUGUACAGAUUGGCUUGGACACCUCUUACUGGACAGUUGUGAACCAGUUCUUCAUCUGGGGCAGCCUGUCUGUUUACUUUGCUAUCACCUUUACCAUGUAUAGUGAUGGCAUGUACCUGAUCUUCACAGCCUCCUUUCCAUUCAUUGGUACUGCUCGAAACACCCUGGGCCAACCAAACGUGUGGCUAGCAAUCUUCCUCAGCAUCGCCCUCUGUGUGCUGCCUGUAGUUGGCUUUCGGUUCCUGAAGGCUCAGUUAAAGCCAACUCCCAGCGAUAAAGUCCUGCUCAAGAUUAAAGAAGCCAAAAAGAGGCCACCUCCACCCUCACCCAAGAGACGCCUGCGCCGGACCAGCACGCGGCGCUCGGGCUACGCCUUCUCCCACCAGCAUGGCUUUGGAGCUCUCAUCAUGUCGGGGAGAAACAUGCGGCCAAAAUCACCUUUUGCCACAACAGGAACAUUUUCACCAAAUAGUGACAAACAUAAACACAGAGAACUGUAAAAAAAAAAAAAAAAAGAGAGAGAGAGAGAGAGAGAGAGAAAGGGAAAAAAAAAAAAAAAGACAAAAAAAGACCAAAAAACCAUAACAAAGCAAACCAAAUUAAAGGGCUGUCAGGAGAUUAAGAGAGGAGGGUGUGCUCCCUGCAAGGCAUGGAGCUGAUGGCCACCUAGAGGUCAUUCCUCUAGUAAAUCCAUGACUCGGGCCUUUCCUUUCACUCAGGUGCACCUUCUGGCUCCAGCUUCUCUUCCAAAGACGUGCUGCUGCUGGGGAAGGCAGGCAGGCUGAACUAGAGCUGUGGUGUGGUAUCCCAGAGGGCCUCCCUGGAAAAAGACAGAACUUGCUGCAGGAGGCUUCUCUGCUCCCUGACAUUGUUCAGAAUGCUAUUUUUCUAUUUUUUUCCCUGCCUUUACAUACCUCAGACCAAAGAGAAGUCAAAGCUGAGGAAAAGGCUGGAUUUGCGAUGUCUUCCUCAUUCACGUGCCUGCCCUUCUGUCAUGAAUCCACUCUGGGCCCUAUCUCUGGGGAGCCAGUAUUGUCCUCAGGUGUGCCUUAGGUCCAGCCACACAACCCCCAAAUCCCCAAUCUUUGUAAUAUGUGUGAUUUUGUAGCCUUUUGACUGUACACAAGCACUUUGGAAGGCAUGAGUUGCAAAUAACCUCCUUCCAAACAAAUGGUUAAUGCAGUCUCUCGAGAGAUGGCCAGUGCCCAAACACCACCCUCUUCCACUUCUGCAGUUGGGAAGUGUUGCAAGCUCAGAGAAACCCUGAGCCGGUCAAAGGACAAGGACCUGAUGUUCCUCAUCCUGCCUUGUUUUAUCUGCAUUGCAAAUCUGCUCUUGUAAACAGCUGCUGCCCUCAGAGCCCUCUCAGGUUCUGUAGCUGGGCACCAGCCAUUUCAUUUAGACUUAAAAUCAAAGGGCAGAGGAAGCUCAGGUUCCCAUAUGGAUCAAGCCAUAAAAUCUGGCCUUGAGAAGCCCCUGUCAUGGUUAGGGCUCACCUGAGCUGCCAGCACCAGGUGUCCCUCCGCCCAAAACAGGCAGAAGCAGAGGCACAUCUGAUCUGAUGGUGAUCACACAAGCAGUAUCAGAGGCAGGGAUGCUAUUUCACGGCUAGCUCAGGUUGUCCUGCCCUUUCCUCCACUGCUGCCUUUGCUCAGUGGGAGUGAUGAAGCAUGACCUGGUGGCUCCUUCACCUCCCCGGGCGAGCCGUGUGGUCACAUUUUGGUGGAACUUGGUGAAGGCUGAGGUCCCUCUGCAGAGUUCUUCUGUCCUGGCUAAUAUUUAAUUUCAGAACAGUUCAUCUGUCCCUCAGGAGUUGCAGAGUUCAGAAUCCUACCAGCCUUGCUGCCAGCAGAGGGACCUGAAGUGCACAGACACAGCCAAAGACAUGGUGAUCCUCGGAGCCUGGGAUUUGCUCACUGUUUUGUUACACCAGCUCCAUGAUCAGCAGGGUUACUGGGUAGAAGGCCGGCCCGGCAGCAUGAGAGCCUGUCCUGCCAGCACUGCUGAGCCGUCUAAAUUGAGGUCUUUGUGCAGAGGACUAAGCAGGGUUGGCUGUUUUUUUGUUUGGUUGUUUUUUGUUUGUUUUUUUUUUUUUUAUUUCUGGUUUUUGUUUUGGGCUUUUUUUGUUCUUGUUUUUUUUUGGGGGGGGUGGUUUUUUUGUUGUUGUUUUGGGUUUUUUUACAGCUUUAGAAUCCUUCCGUGUUUGAAUUGGAUUUUUUUUUGCACAAUAACCAUCUGGUAUUUAUUUGGACCUCUCUCUGCCUUCAGUUUCUGAGCUAUCAGUGGAGGUAAUGUGUGGUGGCAACAGACCAGACAGGUCCCCAUUUCAUCCAGUCAGCACAGAACACCUUGCUGCCUGCAGUCCCAGAUUCACCAGUUACUGUGUGAGAUUAUUUAAACUCUAAUUGAAGGUUUAACAUCUCUGCUUUCAUCUCAGCACAGAAAAAAACCCACAACAGUCUGUUGCACCUGCCGUUUUGGGAGGCUUGGUGGUAUUACAUUUCAUACACAGCCAGUGCAAAACUGGAGCUGUGACUUGAUUCAGACUUCAGCAGCCAGGAGCAAAGUCUAAUCUAAUCAUCAUCUCCCCUGUAAGGAGAUCUUUAAGUACAGUGAGAGCCCACACUCGGACUGAGGAAAGCAGUGUGAUUGUUAGUGCUUCUCACCACCCUGUUACUUACCAGUCACUUUGCAGGGACAAUCAUGGCUUUCUGAUGAGGGUUCUGUCUUUCACAGUCACCCUCUCUGGGGCUAGAGGAAAAAGGAGAAUUUAUGCAGUUAAGCAGACAUCCCCACGAUGCCCAGACUGGUCUGUGGGCUGCAAGGCUCAUGUUCCUACCAUGUCAUGCAGCAAAAUGUAAUGCUGAGCAGCAGAGGCAGACCUUUUGCUGACAGUCCAAGGCAACCCUGAGAGACUGUGUCGCUCUUCUUACAUGGUUUACGUGCAAAGCUCUCACCUUCAGGCUGAACAGGACAUGCAGGGGAUAUUAGAGCUGUUGGUGAACUUGCACCAGACGCGUAUUUCAGUUGUUUGACAAGAUCAGCGUUUGAAACAUAUCAACUGGCAGUGAUGGCUGUCCUACAUCACUCCUGAUUUUGUAAUUUUUUUUUCUUUUUUUUUUUUUUUAAUAAAAAUAUUGAGACGACC